GUUAGGUGAGGAGAAAUAGUUUAAUUCUUUAUAUUCAUACCUUGCACUUUCUUUGUGUUCAGCCAUGGCGCUUACCUGUGGCAGACGAAUUUUUGUAUUGGCCAAGAAUUCCUUACUGAGCCAUCCUGCCUACCUGCGGCUGCCUGGUGCUGUGUACUCGGGCCGCGCCUCCUGCAGCACCGGCGGGGGACAGGAUGGGCCACACACCCCUGAAGACGUGAUGAGCUUUGAUGCUGAGAAGUUGGAGGAGCUACUCAAAGAUGACAUACCUGUGGACAUGUCAAACCCAUAUCAGAAAGAGAAGGUGCAGUGUCUCCUCUGUAAGUACGAUGUUAAACUGGACUACAAAAACGUGCGGCUGCUGUCUCAAUUUGUCUCCCCCUACACGGGCAAGAUGUAUGGCAGGAACAUCACUCGGCUGUGCAGGAAGAGGCAGGAGGAGCUGAAGAGCACAAUAGCAAAGAGCAAGAAAGCAGGCUACAUGGCGGUGAUGCUCAAGAGUGUGGAGUUUCUGAAGGACCCCAAGCUGUUUGAUCCGAACAACCCCAUCAGGCCACACAACUUCUAGCCCCCUUGAUGCUGUAUUCCACCCACCUCCAUCCCAAUACUAUGCCUAUUUCUCAUCCCAGCCUGAGGAUCCUCUUUCACCUGGGCCCUGUUUCCUUAUUCCUACCAUCAUUAUUCUCUAUCUUAACUUCUUCGUCCUUAUCCCAUCCAACUUUUCUUAUUUCUCUAUUCUCAUUACCACUACCACUGUCACUACUUCCUGUCCUGUUCCCUUCUUCCCCUCCCAUGGGUUGUACAUAAGUGUUUUGUAUGCCAUAAAACCCCAUUGUGUGUAGAAUCUGCCACAGGAAUUUUAUAAUAAAAGUUGAUAUAUUG